AACUCUUAAGUCAAACACACACUCGGCAUGACAGAGUUUGCUGCCCACAUGGGUUAGAAACUCUCCAGAAACGCAGGGUUUUUCAGUGGGAAUAUGUAACUGUUGAGUGUGGAAUAUGGCUCAGACCCCGGCGGUGAAAGCUCCACUGCGGAGAUCCUUCAGCGAGCAUGUGAAAGAUUCCACCAACAAGGCUUGGGAUGUCUUCUGGAAGAGCUUGAGGGAUAGGCGGCUGUCAGAGAUUGAAGCCAAGGAGGCCUGUGAUUGGCUGCAAGCGGCCGGCUUCCCUCAGUACGUGCAAUUAUUCAAAGACUGCAGGUUCCCCAUCGACUUUGAGUGGGCGAAGCGUGAUCACCACUUCCUGGAUAGAGAUGCUCUGGAUUCGCUCUGCAGGAGAUUAAACACUUUAAACAAAUGUGUGGAAAUGAGGCUGGAACCGCGGAGAUCAAAACGAAGGGGAGAUGACUUUAACGGAGAAGACUUCUGUGCCAUCAGCCCCAACUGGAGCUAUGACAGGCAGGCGAGACGAUGGCGACGCCUCGACUCAACGAUGACCAUCCUGCGCCUGUCCGACAGUCCCACCGGAGCUCCAGAUGUGUCUCUGUGUGACGCCAGUGACCUCCAGGAUGUGUGUUCCAUCCACAGCUCCAGCAGCACUGAGAGUGAAGGCCACCAAAAGAGUCACAGAGACGCGGCCACAACGAAAAACGCCUCCAUCAGCAUCACAGACGAACAGGAGACCAGCAGGAGCUCUUCCCGCUGCUCCUCCACGAGCAAGAUGCUUUCUCAGGACCCCUCGUAUAGCGGACCGUCCUCCCCUGGUGGAAGUGGUGGAGGAUCGUCCACCAUGAGUCUGGACGCUGAAGGCUGCUUCCCAGACAAACCACCAAGGAAGAAGGGCAGCAGCCUGCUGAGGAAGAUGGAGAAACUGAGGAUGAGGGGACCCACCGGCUUCCUCGCUUCUGCUCACAUUGGAGGUGGUAAUAGCCGGAAUCGGACCAGGCACAUUAUUCAGGUCCAGGAGGAGGAGAGGAGGAAGACGCUUAACAGCCCAUCAAGCCGUGCAUCUUCCUCCUCGUCUCCUCACACCAUCAGCAGCAACAGCAGUAACAGCCAAUCAGAGAGCAGCAGCACUGUCAGCACGCCGAGCCCGGUCACCCGAGUCAGGAGCAACUGCAAACGCUCUAACAGUGGCGUCGAGGGUGGAACGAGCCAGAACAACCAGAACCACACAGGAACAGAGGAGUAUAGGAACCAGAUCAACAACAACAACAGCAGCCACCAGAGUCUGGUCUUCCAGAUGCCCCAGGGACACAAACCAGGGACCUUCCCCACCUCUCUGGCUCAUAAACACACCAUCCUGUCCACCAUCAUCGACAGCAACUCCGUCAACUGGAGGACCGGGAGCUUUCACGGUUACCGGGGGCAAAACAGUUGCCGUCUGGGGACAUCAUCUCUGGCCACUAGUGACCAGGACACCUCGUGUACUUCUCCUUGUGAAGCCGUCCGCAGUCCGCUUGCCGUGCUGGAUCAUCGGCUGAGUAUCUACGACAACGUGCCAGACGACCAGCAACUGUCUGAAAGUGAAGGUGGCAGUGGGGGAAGUGGAAGCGACGCAGAACGAAUGGGAGAGGAGUCAGAGGUGAGUGAAUUGUUGCCAGGCGAAGACGUUUUCUCUGCUUUGGACAGCGUUUUGGAGAGGAUUGGCGACCUCCAACAACUGGUCUCCACCUGGUCUGAAAGUCUGUCUGAGGACGACUGCCAGAGAGGUUCCUCGUCCUUGUCCUCGUCCUCCUCUUCGUCUUCUUCUCAGGACUCUCCUACCCGAGGCUCCUCAGCAGCCUCCCCUUGCCCCUCUUCCCCCAGCCACAUCCACCUGGAGGUGCAGCAUGAGGAGGCACCUGAGACCGGAGAGCAGCCAAAGACCAGAUCGCCACAACCCAGGAGCAGCAGGGUGAGUCGGCAGCUGCUCUGGUCCAGUGAGCAGAGCCUGGCCUCUAGUCCAGGAGUGGAGAGCCAGUCUGUGUCCCAGUUCCUCCUGCUGCAGAAACACUCUCUGCUCAAACUCACCGCUCUGAUGGACAAAUACUCCCCGUGCAGUAAGCAGGGCUGGAACUGGACUGUUCCCAAACCGCAGAGGAAGACCAAGGUGAUGGAGGUGAAAGGUCAGCGGGUUUUUGGAGUUCCUCUUCUCUCCACCGUCCAGCAGACAGGAGAGCCACUUCCUCCCAGCAUCCUCAGGGCCCUGGUCUACCUAAGGACCGAGUGCUUGGACCAGGUGGGUCUUUUCCGUAAGUCUGGGGUAAAGUCUCGUAUCCAGUACCUCAGAGAGCUGGUGGAGUCGGACCCGUUAGGUGUUUUAUACGACGGUCAGUCCGCCUUCGACGUGGCCGACAUGGUGAAGCAGUACUUCCGAGACCUGCCUGAACCUAUCUUCACCAGCAAACUCUGCGAGUCCUUCCUCCACAUUUACCAAUAUUUCCCCAAGGAUCAGCAACUGGUUGCAGCUCAGGCGGCCAUCUUGCUUCUUCCUGAUGAAAACAGGGUGGCCCUACGUACGCUGCUCUUCUUCCUGCGGGACGUGGUGGCCUGUGUGGAGGAGAACCAGAUGACUCCAACCAACAUCGCAGUUUGCCUGGCACCGUCACUUUUCCACCUCAACACCCUGAAGAGAGAAGCCAACGCUCGAUCCAGUCACAGGAAGUACAGCUUGGGCCGCCCGGACCAGCGGGACCUGAGUGAGAACCUGGCCGCCACGCAGGGCCUCGCAAACAUGAUCACUGAGGCCCAGAGACUCUUUCAGCUUCCUGAGUUUUGGCCCUGUCAGCUCUUGAGUGCUGCAGGCUCUACCGAGGAUUCGCUCUCUGAGGAAGGAGAAGGGCUGGUGACCUUCAGUCCGAGUGGAGGUGAGCAGGAGGAGCAGGAUGAGAGACGGAUCAAGCUGCAGCUGAACACCCAGCAGCUCCUGAAGGAGGCCAGGGAGAGGAGCCGGGGCUGGGAGAGCCGGCCAGCUCCAGAGCCAGUGGAGCUGGCCUCCAAGAAGAUGGACGAUGGCUGCCCGCUGUGGAUGUGGCGUGGCUCUGUGGAAGUGGACGCCCCCCAGAAGGAGCUGCUGCACCGGCUGCUGAGGGAGCAGCAGUUGUGGGAGGGAAGCCUGCGCCAGGCCUCCAUCAUUCAGACCCUGUCCAAGGAUGCAGAGGUCUACCGCUACCUGCUCCACAGCUCUGGCCUCGGCCUGGGCUCCUGGCCCCCACAGGAACAUCUACUGCUCAGGAUGUGGCAGGCAGACCCGUCCUCUGGUCCUCUGUACCUGUCCUCUGUUUCCACAGAGCACCCAGAGGUGCUGACGGAGGGGGUCAGGGCCCACGUCCACUCCUGCCUUUACCUGUUGGAGCCAACCGGAGCCAGGAAGACCCAACUGACACAUCUCUGCAGAACAGAUACCAGGGGCCGGUCGCAGCAGUGGCAUAGCAAAGUGAGCGGACAUCUUCUGGCUUCCGGUCUACUCGCCAUCAGAGACUCCUUCAGAGUCGAACACAAAGAGACCAACAUUUAAUGCAGAAGUGGAAGCUGAGGAUCAUCAACCCAUGUGUCACCCUGAGCUAUUCAUUUAGUUAAAGUCUCAACCUCAUGGCAGAACGCUGGAAAAGGGACACCACAGCGUCAUAUUCUCAUGACUUUUUGAAGCUUUGAAAGUGAAACUCGAGCACAGCAGGCAGGGAAGGUGGCCUCCGAGGGCGUCCCUCAAACAUUUGUGUCUCUUUGGAGUUGCUGUAUGUGUUAGUUUGUUUUGUCAGUGACCUUGCAGAGUGCCAGCAGCUGCCUUGCACUUCCUGCUGCAUCUGCUACGCUUCACACUCACAAAAAAACGCCAACCCUGGCAAGCUUUGACAGAGGACAUUGGAGGGAGGAUGAAAAGCUUGACUUCUUCCGAGCAAAAAGGGCGAGACAGAGCAAGUGGACAGUGUUGGGUUGUUCGUCCCUCUUACUCUUACCCAGAAAGAGGCAGGGGGAAACACAUGGCAGCUUCCUGGAUGAACACAGGAAAUAAGGAUGGAGAACAUCAGGAAACAGGCUUUAAGCCACCAGACAUUUGGCUUCAGUGAAAGGGAAAGAAGAAAAGGACAGAGUGAAUUCUGGGAAGGGACGAGCGUUACAGCACCACUACUAACCCUAAAACCAGGAACAAAGCAACGAGAGAAAGUAGACACAGCCGCCGUGAAAAACGAUGACAGGGUGCGCCGGAUUCAGCAGGGAUGAAGAAUUAUGACACUAGGGGAAAGUCAAAAAUAAAGAUAAGAUCAGAAAUACUUUAUUGAUCCCAGACUGGGAAAUGUUUGUGUUGUCCCUUUUCGAUGACUGUUCUCACUUUUAAAUUCAUCCCUGUGAAUUCACACCGUUCAGAAACAGGACACACGGGUGACAGUUCAAAGACGGUCGAUAUCUACCUCUCCACAGGAAGACGGCGCCGCAACGUGACUUUGAAGCACGACAAUGUUGUGAUUUGACCUGUGUGUGUGUGUGUGUGUGUGUGUGUGUGUGUGUGUGUGUGUGUGUGUGUGUGUGUGUGUGUGUGUGUGUGUGUGUGUGUGUGUGUGUGUGUGUGUGUGUGUGUGUGUGUGUGUGUGUGUGUGUGUGUGUGUGUGUGUGUGUGUGUGUGUGUGUGCGCUUCGGCACUGUGAUGGAAAUCCAACCAGACAACGCUCCCUCGAAACUUCAUGAAUUUUUUAACAUUUGUAUUUAUUCUUAGACGGUCAAAAGUGUGACAUUCACGUGACUGUGUGUUUGUGUUAUUUUAUAUUACUUUUUUAGUGCAUAGUCCUACAUAUUUUAAUCUGGCAUUGUUAAGAAUUAGGCCAGGCCAGCACAUGUAAAUGUCAAAUUAAUUCACAUAUAUAAGAUUAUUUAACUUAAUGCAUAUCUUAAAAGAAAAGUUAUAUCUAAAAACAAAUCUUAUUUAAUUUCUACCUUUCAGGAGAUGUUCUCUUGUUUGUGUGAGUGUGAAAUCUAAAUGUAUCAGUGCCAAACACCUAAUUAAAGUGUUUAUUUCUCUCUGAA